CUCACAGGGCGUGGAGUGCGGGUCCCGCAGCGGCGGCGGCAGCGCAGCCCGCGCCUCCCCCUGCUCCCGCACUAUUCAUUGUUCCGCCCGCUCCAGGCACCAUGGACGAGCUGGACCAGUCGCCCCUGGUCUCCUCCUCCUCCGGGUCAGCCCGGCCGCAGCAGCCACAGUUUAACUACCAGUUCGUGCUCGACGACGAGAAGGAGGAGGAGGAAGAGGAGGAAGAGGAAGAGGAGGACGAAGACUUCGACGAGCAGCUGGAGGUGAUGGAGAGGAAGCCUGCCGCGGCUCCUGCCGCGGCCCCGCAGGAGCGGCCGCCACAGCUGCUGGACCUCGGUGGCCCCGCCGAGCCGCCCCGCCCCGCUGCUCCGGAGCCGCCGCAGCCCGACUGGAGCCCCCGAGGAGCUGUGUCCUCUUCCUCCUCCUCUGCCACGACGCCGUCCCCCGCGCAGGAGCAGGUCCCGGCCCCCGCCCGGCCCGCGCAGCCCCAGCCGCCCAAGCCCGAGCCUGCCGUUGUCCCCCGGAGCAGAGGGUCCUCCUCCGGCUCAGCUGAUGAGACCCUUUUUGCUCUUCCUGCUACAUCUGCGCCUCUGAUGCACUCCUCUGCAGCUGAUCCCUUUAAAGAGCACUCAGCCUUUGGUACCCUCUCAGAUGGAUUUCCUGCAAGAGGCACUUACAAAGAGAGCUCCAGUGAGGUUUAUAAAGAACCUAUGAAAAAUGCCAGAAACCCCUUUCUUGCAGAGGGAAAUGAUAAAGACAUUUCAGAGAUUAAAUACUCACAACCCCCAUUUGCUAAAGAAGCAGCAGCCAUUUUAUCUCCAGCUAAAGAAAAAACACAGCUAGAGGGCCCUGAAGAAUUACCUAACCUGGAGAAAACACCUGCACAGCAGCUGAAAAUGUCUCCAGAAUCUCCCCAAGAUUUAUUUGAAAGAAAUGAGGAAGAUCUCUUCUAUAACAAAGACAAAUACAAAGGAGGUGGUGAUCAUGGUGAAAAAGGGGUGCUGAAAGAAGACUCUCUUAGGAGGGAAGAAUAUGCAGACUUCAAACCAUUCGAGCCAAUAUGGGAAGUCAAAGGUGUUAGUCAUGGACUGAGCAGCAUGAGAGAGGAUGUUGGAAGUAAGACAGAUGCCAAGCUGGAGAGCAGUUUGGAUGACAAAUAUAGUGUGGGUAAGUUGACUGUGCAGAAGGAUUAUGAAAGAGAGAGUGAAGGCAGUGCUGAAGAGCCUUCCUUCCCAAGCACCCCAGAAGCUGUAGAAGAACCUUCGCAGACUUACAUCACUUGUACUAAAUUUGACCCCUCUCCAAGUCCUGGUGGUAACAAAGGCAAAUCUCUUUCUCCACUAGAGGAAGGCACUUCAGAAAAUAGAACUGACGAUGAGAAAAAAAUUGCAGAACUGAAAGCUCAGACGGGCCUAGAACAAUGUAAUUUUGCUGCUGGAGCAGUUGGGCAGGAAGGGCAGGGAGCUGACCCUGCUAAAGCACAGGGGGUCCCGCCAGUGCCGCCCGACAGCACCGCCAACAUGCCCGAGGGUCUCACUCCUGACCUAGUGCAGGAGGCAUACGAGAUGCACGAUGCAGCCUGCACAAAACUGGCUUAUGAAACCAAGAUUGAUUUAGUGCAAACCUCUGAAGCGGUGCAGGAGACUCUGAAACCCACGGUGCAAAUCUGCCCCUCCUUCGAAGGCUCGGGAUCUGCUCCAUCACCUAUAUUGCCAGAUAUUGUUAUGGAAGCUCCACUAAGCACUGGCACUGCUGGGGCAGAAGCAGCUGCUGUGCAGCUGGAAGCUUCCCCACUAGAAACAUUUAUGCCCACUGCCAAGUAUGAGAAUGUAAAAGAGGCUGAAAAACCUCCUGUAUACCAAGAGGCAGUGAAUGUACCACUGACACAGGCCCAGGAAGCAAAGGAAACAGGGGCAUUUAAGCAACCUGAUGGUGAGAGUAGCACCACUCCUGAAGAUCUGGAGACUCCUUAUAUAUCUAUUGCAUGUGACUUAAUUAAGGUAACAAAGGUCUCUGGUGAAUCUCCUUCUCCAUCUUUCACAGAGUAUUCAAAGACACCAGUAACAGAAAGCAUUUCUCAGGAUGUGCCUGAAGACAAGGAACUAGAUGGAACCCUGUCUCCACAGUUUGAAAAAGCUGGCCUGUUUAAUAGUCAAAUGAUAUCUGACUUUGCUGAGGAAGCAAGUGAAGAUCCAUCUCUCCUCUUAAAAAGUAAAUCCACUGAGAGUAUUGCAACUGAUGAAGAACAUGAGGAGGAAGGACUGGUGGAAUCAGUAGCUGCCACAGGCAAGCCUUAUCUGGAGUCAUUCCAACCUGAGCUGGACUCUUCCAAAAUUGUUGCCUCUCCACCAUCUGAGCCAAUACCUGCAGGAAUAGCCAAGGCAGAUAAGAUUCCUCUUCAAAUGGAAGAGCUGGAUGCUUUGGUUUAUUCAGCUGACGUAUCUGUUGCUAUGGAACCAAAAACAGGAGAUGACAAAGCUCUCUCACCCAUGGAGUCUUCGUCAGUCUCAGUGGAAGAAGACUUCGUGAUGUUAGGUCAUCCUAAAGCUGUUCCUGAAUUUGUGACAGAAGCCACUGACCGAGAAACAAUGCACAAAGAUGAAGGUGAAGACAUCAGUAAGGUGAUCCAGGGUGAGAAGCAGUUGCCUUGCCCAGAGCUGCCCUGUGAUCUGUCUGUGAAGAAUGUAGAAGCAAAAGCUGAGGAAGAUAGCAAUGCCUUGAAAAAGUCUUUGGAGGCUGUGGACAGAGAAGUGCCUGAAGUAUCCACCAUGUCCUUACCAGCCACAGAUACCUCACCUUUAUCUGCUGAAAAAGAGAUAGUCAGUGUAGUAAAACCAGCAUCUCUCGAGAAGGAAGCUGAGAAAGAAGCUGCUUCUGUUAAAGAAAAGAAAAAACCUUCUGCUGUAUUUUCAGCAAAGCUGAAUAAGUCUUCAGUUGUUGACCUCCUUUACUGGCGAGACAUUAAGAAGACCGGGGUGGUGUUUGGAGCCAGCUUGUUCCUGCUGCUCUCAUUAACAGUGUUCAGCAUUGUGAGCGUCACAGCCUACAUUGCCCUGGCCCUGCUCUCUGUCACCAUCAGCUUUAGGAUAUACAAGGGAGUUAUCCAGGCAAUCCAGAAGUCUGAUGAGGGCCACCCCUUCAGGGUUUACCUGGACUCGGAUGUGGCCGUAUCGGAGGAGCUCAUCCAGAAGUACAGCAACGUCGUGCUGGGCCACGUGAAUGGUACCGUCAGGGAGCUGCGGCGCCUCUUCCUCGUCGAUGACCUGGUGGAUUCCCUCAAGUUCGCAGUGUUGAUGUGGGUUUUCACUUACGUUGGUGCCUUGUUCAAUGGUCUGACAUUACUGAUCCUGGCUUUGAUUUCGCUCUUCAGUGUUCCUGUUAUUUAUGAGAGACAUCAGGCCCAAAUCGACCAUUACCUGGGACUUGUGAACAAGAAUGUCAAAGAUGCCAUGGCAAAGAUCCAAGCAAAGAUCCCUGGGUUGAAGCGCAAAACUGAAUAAAAAAAGCUGGAAGCAACUUAUCAAUAGGAAAGGAAGUUCAUCUUUUAAGGGGGAAAAAUACUCAUUGGAUUUACAUGGGGAGGGUCAGGGAAUAGCAAACCCCUUGACAUUGCAGUGCAAUUUCACAGAUCUUUAUUUUUUAGCAACGCAGUGUUUGAGGAAAAAUAACUGUUUUGACUGCCAUGUGUUUCAUCAUCUUUAAGUAUUGUAAGCUGCUAUGUAUGGAUCUACAACUAAUCAUCUUUCCUUAUCCUGUGUGCAGCACUGGCUAAUACAAACAACUGAGACAGCUGUACAUUUGCUUCAUCAGAGGUAGUUCCUGCUGUGUUCUGGAGGUGUAGAGCAGGUGGGGCAGAGGAGAACACUUCCCAGUUUGUGCACUGUGUAUGGUCUGUGUAGAUUGAUGCAGAUUUUCUAAAAUGAGAUGUUUUAGAAGAAUAUACCAGUUUAGCAAGUUUUGAAAAACCUUGCCUUUUUGGUAUGAGUAUAGCUGUAUUGUGAUUUUGUUUUAUCAAUUGCCUAUAUAUAUAUAUAUGUGUGUUUCACAAAGCUUAGAUCUUUCAGCUGCUCCACAGUGCUUUGUACUUCAGAGAACUGACUGAGGCCUGGACGACCUCCAGAGCACACAAGCUUGAGAAACUAAAGUCUCUGUAAACACUGGCAUCUGUUGGAAACAACAAAAGAGAAAUGAACAAAGAACCUUCACAGAGAGUAAAAGAAACUUACAGCAUACACUUUGUUGCACAAACGUACAGUAGUUGAUCUUGAGCAAAUAAUUCUCCAGCUUUCAGACUCUGAUAAUCUGUGGACCGAGUAUCUAAUGCUGCAAAUGUUGUUUGGAAACUUAAAGCCCUGUCCUGUUAUGCAAGAAAUGAUAAGUGAAAAUUUAUACACUUGCAGUUUGAGCUGUACUGAACUAAGUCUGUGGAAUGCAUUGUGAAAUGUAAAAAAAAAAAAAUCCCAACAAAAAAGGAAAAAAAAACCAACCCAACCCCAAGUAUCAAUAAAGCUUAUAGACAUAAAAUGA